ACACACACAGACAUGUACAUACACACAGAAACAUGUACACACACGCACAGAAACACAUGUACACACACAUACAGACACAUGUAUACACACACAGGCAUGUUCAGACACGCAUACACACAGAUACAUGUACAUACACAGAAAUACACACGCACAGACACAUGUACACAUGUACAUACAUACAUAGACACAUGUACACACAGACACAUGUACGUACAUACAGACAAACACACAUGUACAGAUACACACAUGUACAUACACACAGACACAUGUACAUGCAUACACAGACACACACAAACACACACACAUGUACACACACACACCUAUAAAAAGUUGCAGUACUUCAUUGUUCACUCACAGAGCCAGGUACUGCACUCUAGGGGGGAGGCAGAGAGCACAGCACACACUCCUUGCUUUGCUUUCACUGCGCUCAGCUAUUGAGCAGUCAGACGGCUCCCAGUGCCAAUGACAGAUCCGGCCUAAU